AAAGCUAUACAUAUAACAACUUGCCAAACUACUUACUACUGCAACUCUCUCACUUGUAAACAUUCUCAAACUGCAACACUUCCCAGUUUCCACUCUCUUCUCUCUUUUUAUUCUCUUCUUACUCUUCAGAUAGCUUCUCUAACUCUGUUUUUCCCCCUUCUCUAUCUAUAUUUUUAUACUUAUACACCAUGAACCCUUCUCAAGAAUCUGUGGAACAGGGCAUAUCUCAACGGAACUUGAAGAGAGUAUCAUGUACAACUGUGCUGACAUUGGCCUAUCAGAGUCUUGGAGUGGUUUAUGGUGACCUCAGUACCUCCCCUCUCUAUGUUUACAAAACCACCUUCUCUGGAAAAUUGAGCCUUCAUGAAGAUGAUGAAGAGAUUUUUGGGGUUCUUUCAUUUAUCUUCUGGACUUUUACUCUCAGUGCUCUCUUCAAAUACGUUUUUAUUGUAAUGUCAGCUGAUGACAACGGUGAAGGUGGUACCUUUGCCUUGUACUCCCUUCUAUGUCGUCAUGCAAGAUUAGGUGUUCUUCCCAAUCAAGAUGCCAUAGAUGAGAAAUUGUCUGCAUAUGGAACAGUAGGAUCCACUGACACAUGGCAGAGUUCUGCUUUGAAGCAAAUCUUUGAGAAGCAUCCAAGAUUUUGUGAGGCCCUCUUGAUUUCUGUUCUGCUUGGGACCUCUAUGGCAAUUGGUGAUGGAGUACUAACUCCAGCAAUAUCAGUUCUUUCAGCAGUCUCAGGCAUCAAACUUAAGUUGACAGAGCUUCAUGACAAUUAUGUUGUCCUGAUCUCAUGUGUAAUUUUGGUGGCGCUUUUCUCCCUUCAGCACUAUGGAACACACAGAGUUGCUUUCAUAUUUGCUCCAAUUGUCACAGCAUGGCUUUUGUGCAUUAGUGGCAUAGGAAUAUACAACGUCGUACAUUGGAAUCCACGUAUCUUUCGAGCACUAUCUCCACUUUACAUGUUGAAGUUCCUUAGAACCACUGGUAUAGAAGGAUGGGUUUCGUUAGGCGGAGUAGCUCUUUCAAUGACAGGUGUGGAGGCAAUGUUUGCUAAUUUGGGACAUUUCUCUUCUCUCUCAAUUAAGAUAGCCUUCACAUUUCUUGUUUAUCCCUCUCUGAUUCUUGCAUACAUGGGUGAGGCUGCAUUCCUCUCUAAACACCAUGAUGAUAUACAGAGAAGCUUCUACAAAGCUAUACCAGAAGCUGUGUUUUGGCCAGUGUUCAUUGUGGCAACCUUUGCUGCUGUUGUAGGAAGUCAAGCAGCAAUUUCUGCUACCUUUUCCAUUAUAAGCCAGUGCUCUGCACUGAAUUGCUUUCCCCGUGUGAAAGUAGUUCACACUUCAAGCAAAAUAUAUGGGCAGAUAUACAUUCCUGAGGUCAAUUGGAUGUUGAUGUGCCUAUGUUUAGCUGUGACGAUAGGUCUAAGAGACACAAAUAUGAUUGGUCAUGCAUAUGGGCUGGCUGUGACUACUGUAAUGUUUGUGACGACCUGCUUAAUGACUCUAAUUAUGAUAAUCGUGUGGAAGAAAAGUAUGAUAAAUUCCAUAGCAUUUCUGUUGUUUUUUGGAUCAAUUGAACUGCUAUACGUUUCAGCUUCCUUUCACAAAGUUCCAGAAGGUGGGUGGAUCCCUCUUGUGUUGUCUUUCAUUUUUAUGGCUGUAAUGUACACAUGGAACUACGGAGCACUGAAGAAACACCAAUUUGAUGUUGACAACAAGGUCUCCAUGAAUCGAUUAGUGUCAAUGGGGCCUGGUCUUGGUAUGGUUCGGGUACCUGGAAUUGGACUAGUUUACACCAAUCUGACCAGUGGGGUUCCAGCUGUUUUUGGACACUUCGUGACUAAUUUGCCUGCAUUCCAUCAGGUGUUAGUUUUCAUUUGUGUGAAGUGCGUUCAAGUUCCCUAUGUUUGUGAAGAGGAACGCCUUGUCAUCAGUAGAAUGGGACCUAAGGAGUAUGGUAUGUUCAGGUGCAUUGUGAGGUAUGGUUACAAAGAUGUACAACAGGAAAACUAUGAUUUUGAGAAUAAACUGGUGUCUGGAAUAGUACAAUUUAUAGAAAUAGAGGAAGAGGACGGCUUAAACAUGUCAGAUUCUGAAGCAUUUUAUGCCCCAGAACUGACUUUCAUGAUCUCAAAUCAAGAAGAGAACAGGGUGCAGCCUUUGUGUGAUUUCCAAGAGGCGAAGUCUGUCGAUGGCCAUUUGGAAAAUUCUCUUGGUAAACAGGAGUCUCUGCAGAUAUUAAAAGCCAAAGAAUCUGGCAUCACAUACAUUCUCGGGCACUCCUAUGCUAAAUCAAAGAAGUCAUCAUCUAUUUUCAAGAAAAUUGCCAUAGAUUUAGUCUAUACCUUUCUGAGUAAGAAUUCAAGAGGGCCUGAUGUUGCUCUGAACGUGCCUCCCACCUCUUUGCUGGAAGUUGGUAUGGUUUACUACGUCUAACCGCUGAAAAAUGUAGCUUAUUACACCUUAGAAGAAAAUCAUUUAGAGUUCAAAUGUAACAAAUACGUCCAUUACUGGUCAGCAUACUCACAAAAGGGUUUACUGUCAAAAAGUUUUCUCACUGACACAUAGGGUUGCAGCAUUAUAAUUGUUGUAGAAAAUUAGAAAAAAGAAAAUGCAGUUUUACCAAGUGUUUGGUCUAUUCAGGUUAUGAUUAUCUUUGUAGUGUUGAAAAGUCAGUCAGAGAUGAGUGUACAGUCUCAAACCUUUUGUAGUUUUUUAUCUCAUAUAAUCAAUGUUAAUAUGUUAUAUAAAUCAGUCAGAAUUAUUUAUUGACUA